CCUACCUUAACCUGUACCUCACCAGCAUCCCGCCCCAUCCACCACUCAGUAGGCCACCACGACCCACCACUCAUUCCUGUGGCCUCUCGGGGCCGGUCUCCCCACUCCCGAGAUCCCAGCACCCGCGUUAUCGUCGACUUUCUUCGCAUGGUAUCGUCUUUGAUUCGUGCGCCUGUCCACACCUCCCAGAACUGGCAAAGUCAAGAGACUCGAGAGCCGCACCAGCUUCUCGGCCCAUGACUUGUUCUGUCCGGAGUGCUCUGUAUCCAUCCGUACACUACAGCGUACCUACCAACGCUUCAUCGUGGCCGCUUCUUUGGUGUCCCUGUCAAGUCCGAGGGGGGCCACACACCCACCACCCCCUCAUCAGAUACCCCAGUCAGAUGUUGCUUGCCUAGGUAUCCCAACUCGACUGAAGCGACUGAGGCGACUGAGGCGACUGAAGGCCACUUGUUACGGGAGCUGAUGCCAAAACCCGAGGAGUCAGGCGCCUUGUACGCGAUCCCUCCACUGCCGGCCCAAUAUCCUCCUCCCAUGAUUUUCUGCCACUUCUCCAGUCCCUUCUCCAUUAUCUGACCGCUUGCCCCCGCCCAUGGCGAGUUCAAAUUCCGACCUCGAUCCGGGUGUCUGUCGUGCGCAGUGAAGAGGCACACGUCCAUUUUCCACCACUCAUCGACUAGCUGUUCUUUUUCAGUGCAUAAAAUUGCAGCCAACGGUUGAUCGGACACCAUCACCACAUACCACGACGCUCGGGCUUUUCGAUAGCACUACAUUCGUUCGUUCAUACGCACGCGGCACGUUUUCAUUACGAAGCGUCCAGACUCAGACCAUGGCGACCUUUACCAAAAUUGCCGAGGAUGCGCGCCCCAGCAUCUCGCUGAACCCCUCCCACAUCAUCUCCAAGAUCGAUGACAACGUCUACGGUGGCUUCACCGAGCACAUGGGAAGAUGUAUCUACGGCGGCAUUUACGACCCCGGCAACCCGCUCUCCGACGAGAACGGCUUCCGCAAGGAUGUCAUUGAGGCCUUCAAGGAGCUGAACUGCCCUGUUGUACGCUAUCCCGGCGGCAACUUCGUCGCUACCUACCACUGGAUCGACGGCGUUGGCCCCAAGGAGAAGCGUCCCAAGAGACCCGAGCUGGCUUGGAUCGGCGUUGAGACCAAUGAGUUUGGAACAGACGAGUUCAUGAAGUGGUGUGAGGUCGUUGGCGCGGAGCCUUACCUGGCCCUCAACUUCGGUACCGGCACGCUCGAUGAGGCUCUGGCCUGGGUUGAGUACUGCAACUCCGACAAGGACACCUACUACGCCAACCUCCGCCGCCAGAAUGGCCGCGAGAAGCCUUACAAUGUCAAAUACUGGGCCCUGGGCAAUGAGAUGUGGGGUCCCUGGCAGGUCGGCCAAAUGACCAAGGAGGACUACGCCAAGCAGGCCUACCAAUGGGCCAAGGCCCUCAAGCUUCUCGAUCCCUCGCUGGAGCUGAUCCUCUGCGGCGAGACCGGCUUCAGCACCUGGGAUACGUACGUGAUCAAGGAGUGCAUCACCUGGAGCGUGCACGGCCUCGGCGGCAGCACCACCGCUUCCCUGAUCGACAUGCACAGCAUCCACCUCUACACCGCGUCCGAAGACCAUCUCAAGAACGCCACCGCACCCAGAGCUGCCGAGCGCGCCAUUGAGAUUACGGGUGGUCUCAUCGACCUGGCUCGUAUCGAGAACAAGGUGCCCCCGACAUGCAAGAGGCAAAAGAUCUGCUUCGACGAGUGGAAUGUUUGGGACCCUGUCCGAGCUCCUGGCGAAGAAGGCGGCGAGGAAUCCUACACCUUGUCGGAUGCUCUCGCAGUCGGUGUCUGGCUGAACGUCUUCGUCCGCCAGGCCAAGUACGUCGGCAUGGCCAACAUUGCCCAGUCCGUCAACGUCAUCUCCCCCCUGAUGACUACCAAGGAGGGUAUCACCAAGCAGACCACCUGGUGGCCUCUGCUGCUCUUCAGCAAGUACAUGAGAGGCUCUACCAUCGCCACCCACGUCCGCUCGCCAGAGUACGAGGGCGCCACCGAGCCCAACUGGAUCCGGGGCGCCAUUGAGACCCCUUUCCUCGACGUUAGUGCCACCGUUGACGACAACGGCUUCGUCAACCUUGCCGUUGUCAACGUCCACGAGACCAAGAGCUUCUCCGUCGAUCUCGAAGGCAUCAAGGAGGGGGCCGAUGUCCAGGUCUACACCGUCACCGGAGAGAACGUUAGGGUUGUCAACAAGGGCGACGAGAACCCCGUUGGUAUUGCCGAGAGCAAGUGGGACGGCAAGGGCGCGUACGAGUUCCAGAAGGCCUCAGUCACGCUGCUGAGAUGGAAGCACUAGAAGGCCCGGCCAGGGUUGGUGGGGACAAGAAGGACUGCUCUCUACGAGGAUCCAUCGGGGGGAGCUUGCGUGUAAUGUGAAAUGAAUGGAAUUGAUGCAAAGUUGGGACCCG